CGCAGUGUGAGAGGCAGAAACUGAGAGGAGAGAGACAGAGGCGAGGAGGCAGCGCAUCACAUCAGGCGCCGCUUUGCAUCUCAAAAUCUUUGAGUCCUCCUGCUGCACAGCGGACACCAGCCAGUCACUGCGCGGCCACUGCUCCACACAGACACCGCAGAGGAGGCGGAGGAGGAGGAGGAGACAGACUAACAAGAAAACACACACCCUCAACACAACCACAACCACACGCACACGCACCUCCAGAGGCACCGAGCGGAGCGUGCUGCUGAGGAGACCGACCGGAGGAGCGAGGCGCAGGGGGAGCGGAGCUGCAUCUUCCUGCACGUUGGCACCAGGAGCAGUGAUGUGCAAAGCGUGCGGAGACUGAAGGCUCAUCGGAUUCUGAGAGGUCCUCCAUCCGCAGAGGGACGAGUUCUCACACCGACCAGUGAGCAAUGAGGAAGAAAGAGAAGAGGGGCCCGUCCAAUCAGAGAUGCAGAUGGCCACAGGCGACAUGAGCACCACCCAGUCUGGCACCAGGACGUCGUCCACUUGCCAGUUUAUACCUAACAAAUCAGAUGUGACCCCGUACUUAAAGAAUUGAUAGAGUUUACCCAGGAGCAGAUACUGCCAAUGAAGUGAAACAUCCCAUUCCUGUAUUUCAUCCUAUGUAAACCCUCAGCGUCUGUCAGAACAUUGGAGAAUUCAGGAGAACAUUUACGAUGCUGUGACCGGGCAAAAAAAGAAAAUCAACAUUCACUGAGAUAUUCCUCGUUCCCUUUUAAAUGGCGGCCGCCCGCAUGGAUAAAUGUUAGAUGGCGAGCAGCUCCUCACGGAUUUCUCCAAUGGAUAUAGCGACGAAAUCCCAAAUGGCGCAGAGGAUAGGACGGCAGAGGCAUCACGUGACUGGAGGUUCGUCGUCGGUGGUCCUGUCCAGGGCCAGCUCCUUCCUCUGUUGGCUCACCCUGCUGUCAAUAAUGCGGUUGCCGAUGGUUACAGCCGACUGUUGGCUCAUCGAGGGGGAGAAGGGCUUCGUGUGGCUGGCGAUCUGCAGCAUGAACCAGCCGCCCUACGAGGCCAUCCCCUCCCACAUUAACAGCACCAUCGUGGAUCUGAGGCUGAACGAGAACAAGAUACGGUCGGUCCACUACUCUUCGCUCAGUCGCUUCGGCAACCUCACCUACCUGAACCUCACCAAGAACGACAUCAGCUACGUGGAGGACGGAGCGUUCUCAGCACAAUUCAACCUGCAGGUUCUCCAGAUGGGCUUUAACAAGCUGAGGAACUUGACAGAGGGGAUGCUCCGAGGCCUCGGCAAGCUGCAGUAUCUCUACCUGCAAGCCAACCUCAUCGAGGCUGUUACACCCAACACCUUCUGGGAGUGUCCCAACAUAGAGAACAUAGAUCUCUCCAUGAACAGGAUUCAGGUGUUGGACAGCAGCUUGUUCUCUGGACUCUCGAAGCUGACGACCUGCGAACUCUACACCAACCCCUUCAACUGCUCCUGUGAGCUGCUGGGAUUCCUGCACUGGCUCUCCGCCUUCCCCAACCGGACCAGUGAGCGGAUGGUGUGCGACUCCCCCGUGGGCAUCUCCGGCUUCACCCUCCUGAGUCAGAACCCCCGCAUGCCCACCCAGCGCACCGCUCUGCACGUGCUCAGCACUGUGUGCACGGACGACGGAAGUAGCGUGACACCUUUCUAUCCCAACAGCGCGUUCGAUUCCACGACCCCGUCCCCGGAUCCGAACUCUCCCUGCGGUUUGGACGAUUGCGCUUCCGGGACGCCCCCUGACGAGGUCAUCAGCUUGACGUACCCCAUCUUUUCUGACACCAGUCCGCUCAUGGUGCUGAAGCAGGUGCUGCAUUCAAGUGCUGUGAUCACGGUUCAGAUCCCCCAACCGUACAGGAAAAUGUACAUCCUGGUGCUCUACAACAACAGCUUCUUCACGAAUAUCCAGAACCUGAAAAAUCAAAGAGAAGAUAUCGAGCUCAAGAACUUAAAACCUAACACCGACUACACAUACUGUGUGGCCUCCAUACGGAACUCUCUGCGCUUCAACCACACCUGUCUCACCAUCUCUAUGGGCCGCCGGGCGGGGGCUGAGAGGAUAGCCAAUGAGUCGUCAGCCACUCACUACAUUAUGACUAUUUUGGGCUGCUUGUUUGGGAUGCUGCUCUUUCUCGGCGUCCUUGUCCACUGCCUGAGGAAGAGGAGAAUCAAUGAGGCGAAGGAGCGAAAGAUGAGCAGGAUCCAGAGGACGCUGAUAGAGCUCAAGUACGGAGGAGAAGGGGAUAUAGAGGGAGGGAACGGAGGAUCUGUUUCCCAGAAGAUCGCUGCCGGGGACAGCCUGUCCAGAAUGCCCUACCUGCCUCAGGGUGGGGAGAUCGAUCCCUACAAGCUGCAGGAGGUGAUAGAAACACCAGCGCACAAGCCUGCAAAACUCAACUACAUGGAGGUCAGAGGAUCCGGCAUCGAGAGGGAGCGAGAACGAGAGAGAGAGAGGGAGAUGUCGCCGCAAGCAAAUCCCCAGGGCUCGGUCGCAGAGAUCUCCACCAUCGCUAAAGAAGUUGAUAAAGUUAACCAGAUCAUCAACAACUGUAUAGAUGCUCUCAAAUCGGAGUCGACCUCCUUUCAGCAGGGGAUGAAAUCCCCCUCUUCUGCAGGUGGAGGAGCUGUUUCAACCGCAGAGCCGCAGCUGGUGCUUCUCUCUGAGCAAGGAGAGAGAGGAGAAAGAGGCGGUGAGUUCCUCUCCCCCGUGUAUAAAGGUGGGAGAGGAGGAAGAGAAGAUAGGGGGAGAAGCUACCAUCAUUCUUUGCAGCGACACCACAGCAUGGAGGGUCCUCCGACCUCCAAGAGACCCAGCACCUCCUCGUCCCCUGGCUCCGCCCGCAGCCCUCGCUCCUACCGCUCAGAGGGAGGUUACCACUCAUCAGAGACCCGCUACAUCGAGAGGACCUCACCGGGAGAGAGAGGAGAAAGGGGAGGCGGGGGAGGAGAAGCCAUCCGCACAGUCAACCCGGCAGCAGCUAUCCUUCGAGCAGAAGCCCAGAGAAUCCGCCAGUACAAUGAACACCGCCACUCCUACCCCGGCUCCCAGCAGCACCUGCAGGAGCUGCAGCACCACCCUCAGAUUAUGCAGGAGCUCCACCAUCACCCCGGGGGCCGUAAGCCCUCCGUGUUAGACCCCCUCACCCUCAGCAGGCAGGCCAAGCAGCGCGAGCUUGUCUACUCCCAGCUCUCGCCUCACUACCCGCUCUCACCCCAGUACCACAACCUCAGCUACUGCUCCAGCCCCGAGGAAGAUGAGGAGGAGGAAGGGCUCCUGUGCACCCCGACCCUGGGCUUGUGGGAGAGGUUCAAACUGCACCGUAAGAGGCACCGGCAGGCGUCCAUGGAGGACGAGGGAUACGUGGCAGCGGGACAUGCGCUGAGGCGGAAGGUUCAGUUUGCCAAGGAUGAGGAUCUUCAUGACAUACUGGACUACUGGAAGGGCGUGUCCGCCCAGCAGAAGGCCUGAUCCCCCCCCCCCCUGGAGACCCCAAACACUUGGAAGAUGGAGACAUAACACUGCACCCAUAACAUGAUGAUGCAGAAACACAGACUGAUACAACAAAGACCUGUAAAUACACACAAACACAACUUACAGGACCUACAGAAUCAAACUGCACACACACACAACACUGGCUCACACUUUACACAAACUAAGCCUUUUCGUCUGAGAACAUGAAGGACCAAACUAAAAAUAUUAUAUUGAACAAGAAAAAUCAUAACUUAUGAGAGAGACUGAGUUACUUUUUGUAAUGUAAUGAAAAUUAUAGCUCAGACCGAUGUAGCUAAUUUCUACUAAGUUUUGAUCGAAGAAAAAAUUUAAAAAAAGAAUCAAUUAAGAACAGAAAGCUUAAAUGUUGCCGGGCAACCCGUCCCGAACAGCUACGCUUUCGAUCCGCCUUGAAAGCGACGUCCAUCAAUCCUGACCGCGGCAGAUCGACCUCAACAAUCCUCACGACGUCCGCUUGUCGCUCACCGCUUUGCGUUGCCAGGGAGCUUGUUUUUGUGUCGCGUCCUGCGAUACGACGGCGGAAGCAGACGUUUUUGAAAGGUUUUGCCCGUGAUUUGCGAUAUUUUGAACAUUAAAAAUAAGAAAUGCUGGAUGGGUCGCCGGGCAACAGAAACACUCAACUGUGCUGAGAACGAGUAGGUAGCUCUCACCAGGGAGUGAGUAUAAUGUGCCAAAUCAACCAAGGGGAGAGUCGAGCCCUACUGUGUACCAACGUCUCCUCACCCCUGUUUUUAUAGAGUGAAUUUAAAAAACCUAGAACGAUAUGUUGUUAUUACUAUUAAUUAUUCUUAUUAUCAUUACUGGUCUUAUUAUUAUUCCUAUGAUCCUCGUCAUUAAUAUUCUCUUGUUUGAAUAUGGCAUGGCUCCGUCAUGUGACUGUGUUUUGACUGUUCGGGACGUUCUCAGCUGAGAAGUGCGCAGCAACAGAGACAGAGUUUGACGGACGAGACCCUUUUCUUCUUUUCUUACCAAGAGGAAUGUGCUCGCCGCCGAGCCAACAACAAAGCAGUCUUUUCUCUUGGCGAACCCCCAACGACACCUGCUCCUCAUCCUCCUAAAGAGGGAACGCUGUACAGAUGAGAGAGAGAAGUUCUAUAUUUGCAACAGAGGUGACUGUUUUGUUUGUACAACGUGGUUUUGAAAUCUUUCAGACUUUUCAGGAAACCAGAAUCUCAAGUUAGUCACCUACCUGCUCACUUACAACGGUACGUUUUUGAUUUUGAAAAAAUCGAACUACAAAUUCUAAUCUCUAAAUGAAUGUCUUCAAUUCCCGCCGGGGAAACAUAUCUGCACUGUUCAAAAUCAAAAAACGACUCUUAGGAAAAAGACCUAAAACUCUCAGCUUCAUUCCCGAUACACUGUAGCUCCACUGUGUUGUAUCAACGAUUCGUUUCUUUCUUUCUCUCCCAGGUCUUUUUUGCUUUUUGUUUGCUGGAUUCCUCAGGAUCCACUGUGGUGCCAACGUGAUAACUCACAAAGUAGUAUUUGAAAAUUAUUUCAAAUACUACUAAUCUACACACCUCUUCUCCUUCACAUCGAUACACACGAGUUUUGCCAAACAGAACGAGAAUUUGCACAAAAACGAUCCAUUGGCUCCAUCGGUUCACCGCUUCCCUUCUCUCCUCCAAUCAUUUCUAAGACCAAAGUACUGUGGUAGUAAAUUGACCCUCGUAGCCCCGGACCCGGCCCCAGCUGUUUAUCAACCGUCACCCAUACAGAUGCUACUUCAGCACAUGUAUACACAAACAUCCAAGUGUACUCGCGCGCACACACACAACCACACACACAGAUGAAUGUAUUCUCUGAGAAAUUAAUACUGUUCAGCAGCUGGUUUUUUCCUGUUCCUGAUAUAUGGGCUGUAUUCAAAGUGUCUUCAUCUGUCUGGCAGAAAAAAAACCUUCAUCAGAUGGCCACUUGUGUUUCAGAGCCGGGGAUGAAUACGGAAUAUUUGGAUUUCCUCGCACCGGUUCGUGUCACCAAUUGAACCAAAUGUUGAAGCCCUAAAAAAAAAAAAUUGCCACUGCAUUCAGUUACUGAAGCGAUAGAAAAACGGGGGGUUCUGCCUUAUCAAAGGUUUUCAGCUGAUAGAAGAAAUGUGAUAGUGAUGUGAUUAGUAUCGCCAGUGUGGUGAAAAAAAAGAGACUAUACAUGUAUAUCUGCAAUAUCUGCAGGAUCUAAAACACUGGAGGCUGGAAAUGUGACAGCAAAAAUACUGUUUAUACUUUACAGAACUGUGCUACGACGACUUAUCUACGAAGACCAUAAAGACGAGGGAUGGAGUCAAGAACAUUUCAAUUCAGCUGAUUUUUGAAUUUUUCACGAGCUUUGCGGUGUUACAAGCGCUCGACGGACUGAACUGCAACCCCCCGCUUCCUGAAUUGAAACCGAAUUGACUCCAGCCCUGAAACGACACGGACAGCUACACACACACACACAAUAGACACAACCGAGCUGGCAAACAACUGACAAGUUUAUUGGUGAAUGGAAACACUGUAUAAAAUAAUUUUUUUUCUCUCUGCUAUAACGAGUCGAGAAUGCUCAAGUUAUUUAGCCCCGGUUAAAGCCAUGAUCGUGGGCGGGUGAAAUCACCACAGCUGUUCGCGGCUCUGCAAAAAGCACAUUUGGUUGUGUGGCCAGAUCAUAUUUUCUCCUCCUUCUCACAGCAGCAGCUACGACGUGGUUCCUCUGCUUCUGCAGCGAAGCCCCUCAGAUCCUGAAGGACGCUCCUGAGCUGUGGUUGUUUUCACGUCACACCUCCCAGAUUGUGGCUUUAACCCAAACAACAGCCUUAAAAACGUUUUCGAUUUUCUUUGAAUAUUUUUAACUUUAGCAUUGCUUUGAAAAUCGAAAAAAUCGUUUCUUAACUUAUACUUUCCUGACUGCAAUUUUGUAAUUGCUUGAUUCUUAAGCCUCACUUGAGCAUUCUUUGAGUAACAGUAAUAUCAAUGUAGCGAUGUAUUAAACUGUUUUUUGUUUGUUUUCCCCCCCUCUGUUCUGUUUAUGAACAAUAAUGGCCUGAAUUUAUCACGUGUCAGAGAGUAGCAGAGCUCGUCCAGGAUCCGGCGACAACGAGGCCGGCGGUCGAGGCGCUCGCUCGACCGUGACCCCGGACCAGCGCCGCUGCUCUCUGAAGCGUGAUGAGGAGAAACUGUGUUUUUGAAACAACAAUGCCUAGAAAGUGGAAAUAAAUAGAGGUCCUUCUGACAACAGACAGACAAUGGAGCAUGCUGCAAGGAAAUCCUUGAUGGGAGUUUGUGUAAUAUUCUUCUGGUGAAUGACUCAGGAGUGAGCGAGCAAGAGGGGGGAGGGAGUGAGAGAGAGAACGCUCUGCCAUAGGAUCUCUCAGAGGCUUUUUCUUUAUUUUCCUGUCAAAAAAUUUAAAUGAGCACAAUAAAAUAGCCUUUCUUUCACCGGCUCCUUUCCUGGAGAGAUCACAGACGCUUCAAACACACUCAGGACUUUCAUUCCACUUCUCCACGAUGGCUGAUUGCUCGAGUAAGUCAUGGAUGUGUGGUGGGAACUGCUCUCAAAGAUGGCACCCUGAUGAAAGAUGCUCGCCUGGCGCGUGAGACAAAAUGUUUUCUAGCUUCCGGGUUUUUCGGCACCGCUGCACAUCAGCAGCGUUACAUUGGGAUGAUGUCACCGAAGUAAAACUCCCAUUUCCAGGCUUUACAAAAGUUUCAAAAAAUAUGAACCCUCCAUGGUUUGACACUUCAUAAUAGAAGGAGUUAAAGAAUGAUGUAGGUGACACAAAUGUAAGCAGCUCUCGUAAUACAACCCAUGGAAUAUAUGUUAUUUUAUCCGAAUCAGAAAACAAACAUUCUUACUUCCAGUGGUCCGUCUUUGAGGGUGUUUCCACCUCUGUGCUUUUUCAUCUGGUUGAAUCAACUCUGGUUUGUUUCCCCUUUGAUGCGAUUUGUUAAGGCGGCUGUGGACCGUAGACUGUAAAUAAAGACGGACCAUGUGUCUCCA